AUGGCGGAAAAGGGAGACAAAUACUCUAUUUUGCUUCCUACAUAUAACGAGCGAGAAAACCUACCCUUGAUCGUGUGGUUAAUUGUGAAGGCUUUUUCAGAGUGUGGGUAUGAUUAUGAAAUAAUAAUUAUCGACGAUGGAAGUCCAGACGGUACCCAAGAGGCAGCCAAACAACUGGAAAACAUUUAUGGCUCUGAUAUAAUACGGUUGAGACCAAGACCGAGCAAGCUUGGCCUGGGUACUGCAUACAUUCAUGGAAUGAAACAUGCAACUGGGAACUUUGUAAUUAUCAUGGAUGCUGAUUUAUCUCAUCAUCCAAAAUUUAUUCCAGAAUUCAUCAGAAAGCAGAAGGAAGGAGAUUAUGACGUUGUAUCUGGUACAAGGUAUAUUGGAGAUGGAGGAGUGUUUGGCUGGGAUUUAAGAAGGAAACUGAUAAGCCGUGGGGCAAAUUAUCUGACACAGGUUCUUCUCAGGCCUGGUGCAUCUGAUCUGACAGGAAGUUUUAGAUUAUACAAAAAGAAAGUGCUUGAGAACUUGGUGGAUGCCUGUGUUUCCAAAGGAUUUAUCUUUCAGAUGGAAAUGAUUGUGCGGGCAAGGCAGUUUGGCCACACUAUAGGGGAGGUCCCUAUCACAUUUGUGGAUCGUGUUUAUGGUGAAUCAAAACUUGGUGGCAGUGAAGUGGUCUCUUUUGCCAAGGGACUCCUUUAUUUAUUUGCCACUACAUAACAGAGAGGCUAAAUGGGUUAGUUACUGUUGAAAUAGAUUAAAGGAAGAGGGGUGGGUUUCAGAUGUAUUCUGAAAUAGUUAACAAAAGAGAAUUAAAAUACUAAACUGAGUUGCCACAGGGAUGGGCUUCCAGUGCAUGCUUAUCGCUGUGUGGGAAGUUGACAUUCAUAGGAUUGCCUAGGAGACCUAAAAAAUAAGAUUGUUGACUAUGGGUGAGAGUAGAAAUCAAGUUAUUUGCAAGUCCAAUUGGGAAAACAGGAAACUGUAAACUUAUCAACUUGGGAAGAUUGCAUCAGUUAGAAAUGCAUGAAUAAACCUGAAAUGUGAACUUUACUUUGUUAAAUGAAUGGAUUCUUAAAUGAAUGGAUUCUGAAGUAGUUGUAGGAGGCACCUUCCUUUUUUUCCCUCCUUUUCUUUUUAAAAACGGUUUUAUUUUUGUUUUUCGGAUUUAUGAAACUUGCCUUGAACUGUUGAGACUUGGUGUUUGGAGGCAGUGUUUAAAAAAAUUCAGUUUUACAAACGAAAUAAUCGAAGCAAUAUGAACAUCUGUGAGUGCUAUCAUGAGUUUUAUUCAGAAUAAUUCAAAUUAACAGAAGCAAAGAUAACUAUAAAAAAUCUUCUUUAUAUAUAUAAAAAUAUGGUUACUUACAGUAAUAACAAAAUAAAAGUAUUGUGGUAGAAUAUGGCCACAAAUUCAUUGCAUUUCAUGGUGCGAUGCUCUCAGGGGAACGAAGAGAGAACUUUUUAGAUAUACCAGACUCAUAAGCGAAAACAUGGUGGGUUAGAAAUACUGUGGAAUUCCAAAAGUUGGCGAGUUACUGCGAAUGGUAUCGUUUUAUUUCUAAGGCUCGGUUUUCUUGGGGUCGUUGGAAUCAGCUUCACGUGUUACAAAGAAAUGAUAGAACUGCAAAAACAACCAGCAAGAUUUAAGUUUCUUGCUUACUGUCGUCUUUCUGUGAACGCGGUUGUCCAAAAAUAUUUCAAUUCCUACAUCAAAUACUAGCGCUGGGAGAUUAGUAAGAUUCUAAAAAACCUUAUAAACAUGCAAUAAAAAGCCUCACACAUUUUA